GUUAUAUUAAGCCUUAACAGCAGGGGUUCCCUUUAAGAAAUAAUGCAUAGAAUCAAGGCAUUUUCAACAUUUUUUUUUUCUUUUCCGAUAAUUUAUUAUACUCAGAUGUACAAUAUGAAUCGAACAUAGCAGUGGUCUUGGUCUUAUACUGCCUCCUAGAGGCGUGGAUGUAGCAUCAUGUCAAAGCAAAAGUUUACCAAUUGACCCUUCGCAAAGACCCGCCCCCACAGAGUGAAAAAUACAUCUCGGAGCAAAGAGGACACUGACAACACGUCGACAGACAAGACAGCAGGUUACUUCUGAUAUUAAACAAAGUCCUAGUUUUCAAACUGUGUAAUUUUUUAAGAAAUUCGAACAAUAAAAACCGUUUUGUGGCUCUUUAAUGUGUUGUGACAGAUUACUGUAGCGCCUCAGCUCAAGCGGCUUGUGAACCGAUCAUCUCUUCUUACUAGUUAAUUUAUAGUAUCAAAUAAACAUGAAUGAACAUGAGAAGGAAUGUUGUUUCAAACGCGGAAAGACGUCAGUACACACCAUUUUUCAAGUUCAAGUCCACCAAGGUUAAUCUUCUAACUCCUGACUGCUUUGUCGGACAAAAUGGCGGAUUCGGCGUUAUGAUUGGUUAGAUCGCUUGUCAAUCAAACUCCCGGCGAAGGGUCAAUUCCAUAGAAAGGUGCUAUUUACAGUCAGUCAUGAUUUUUUUUUUUAAUUCCUCAAAUGUUAGGGUUCCAUAGCUGGGGUGCUUGCUGAGAUAAAACUAGUAGUAUUCAGCUGGUCAUGUGAUGUCAACAUGUCUGCCCCCAUGAGGCGACCCACUCCAUGUAAAAUAAAACUGGUUUUAUUAGGCUACUGAUCAUCUUCAUCUCAUUUGAGUGAACAUGACUUUUGAAAUUAUUUUUCAAAAGUACUAUUCACCUCUUUAUAUCUUUAUUUAACUUUUUAACAAGUUAAAACACUUUUUAAAUGAUCAGUCACCUCAAUAUUUUCAUUCAGGUACUAUACAUGUGGUUAGCAUGAAAAGUGUGGUUAGACUUAACCAAAAACGAUGUUUUUGUAGCUUCAGUAGGGUAAAUAUUUUGCGUUCUCUGCAGCGUAAACAAAGGCAGGUCUGAGUGAAUGAAUUUGAGUACUCGUAAUCCUGGGUGAAAACAAACACAGCCCUCCCCUCUGCGGAAGCUCUACUGUACUUUAUCAGCUGCUGGUUUACUGCCUCCAAGGUGGUUUUGUUCCUCAUUGCACAUGCACCCGCAUGUCUGAGUCAGUGUCAUGUUUGCUCUGUGUGUGUGUUUUGCUCGUUCAGUACGAUGCUGCUCCCAUCCAGCCUAGCGUGGUGUUGCGUUCCUGUGCUUCUUCAUCAAUGGUAAGGACUCAGCUGAACUCCAACCUUCCUCACUGUCUCAGUAUGGAGGUCCGUGGAGGUGAGGCAAGCGCCCAGCCAAAGACAUCUACCCUCAAGCCUCCACAAUCACGCAAGAAGGAGGAUUUCAGCUUUGGCAAAAUUUUAGGAGAGGGUUCCUUCUCGACGGUUGUGCUUGCAAAAGAACUUGCCACAGGAAAGGAAUAUGCAAUGAAGAUUCUAGAGAAGAAUCACAUCAGGAAAGAGAAUAAAGCACACUAUGUGUUCAGAGAGAAGGAUAUAUUGUCAAGCAUUGAUCAUCCCUUUUUCGUGAAGCUCUACUUCACGUUUCAAGAUUCACAUAAACUUUAUUUCGCACUCAGUUAUGCAAAGAAUGGAGAACUACUUAGAUACAUUCGCAAAAUAGGCUCAUUUGAUGAGACUUGCACAAGAUUCUACACUGCUGAGAUAGUUUGUGCACUUGAGUAUUUGCACUCGAUGGGAAUUAUUCACAGGGACCUUAAGCCAGAGAACAUCCUAUUGAGCGAAGAGAUGCACAUUCAUAUUACGGAUUUCGGGACAGCAAAACAGCUGUCGUCGGACAGCACUCAAACAAGAGCCAAUUCUUUUGUUGGCACUGCACAGUAUGUUUCUCCAGAGCUACUGACGGAAAAAUCAGCCUGCAAAAGUUCGGACCUCUGGGCACUGGGUUGCAUAAUCUAUCAGCUGGUGGCCGGAUUACCUCCGUUUAGAGCUGGGAACGAGUACUUGAUUUUCCAAAAGAUUAUAAAGCUGGAAUAUGAAUUUCCUGAGAAGUUCUUCCCCAAAGCUAAAGAUCUGGUGCAGCGACUGUUGUCUUUGGACCCUAGAAAGCGGCUAGGAUGUGAGGAAAUGGGUGGGUUCAAUCCACUGAAAGGCCACAUGUUCUUUGAGACAAUCUCAUGGGAGAACUUGCCGGUUCAGACCCCACCCAAGCUGACCCCUUACCUACCAGCCAUGGCAGAAGAUGAUGAAGACUACUAUGGCAAUUAUGAAGACCUCCUCAGUCAUUUCAGCAGCCUGCAGGUGGUUCCAUCUAGCUCAUCUCAGAUCGUCCCACUGAGAUCCUGCAGCAAUAUUGAGCAGUACAUCCAUGACCUGGACAGCAACUCCUUUGAGCUGGACCUGCAGUUCUCCAGUGAGGAGAAACGACUUCUGCUGCUGAAGCAAACAAGUGGCAACCCUUGGCACCAGUUUGUUGAAAAUAACUUAAUAUAUAAAAUGGGACCAGUUGACAAAAGAAAGGGACUGUUUGCUCGACGCCGUCAGCUGUUACUGACUGAAGGACCACAUCUAUAUUACGUGGAUCCUGUAAAUAAAGUGCUGAAGGGGGAAAUUCCAUGGUCUCCAGAACUGCGUCCCGAGGCCAAGAAUUUCAAGACGUUUUUUGUCCACACGCCAAACAGGACAUAUUAUCUAAUGGAUCCCAGUGGAAAUGCAGACAAAUGGUGUAAGAAGAUUCAAGAGGUCUGGGGAACAGUUUAUCACUAACAUCAGACUACUGGCAUGACGGGGCAUCAGAGGACUACUGAAGUCAAGGCAAGUCUAAGAGGUCUGAGCCCUGCACCAUUCAACUACCAAACAGGAAGUUCUGUUCAUUUAUGGGACUAGUGCAUCAAUAUUCCUUCUUCAAGAGAAAAUAUGUUUUGCUUGCAGUGUUUUUGUCAUGUUCAGCAGAUGUAACAUAAAAUCAAAGAUCAGUAAAACUCAGCAAAUCUGCAACUUGUACACUAUACAUGUGUAUAUACAUAGAAAAAUAUCCUCAGAAGCUUGGGGGAAAAAAACACUCAUAAUCUGUUGCUUUUUAAAAUAAUAAGAGAGUUUUAGGAUAGCUAUAGAGGACACUUAAAUGAUCCUACAGGUCAAGUAAAUAUUAAAUUGAUACACAAAUCGUUAAUAUAUUUAUAUUUAUUCUCUCAGUCAUCUUGUUCACAUGUGUAUCAUAUUAAAUGAAAUUAUUAUCAUCAGAAGAAGAAUCACUGUUGAGCCGUUAUAUAUUUAGUAUGAAAUGGCAAUGGAUUUUUGUGGGUUCAUGUGUGAAACUUGCACCUGGUUCCUUAAAUCUGCUGUUUAUAUUUGUUUUUAUAUUAUAUUUUAUUUAUAAACAUUGGUUUAGAUUGAAAAUAAGUACUUGAUAAGGUACGCUACACAGUAUACACUGCAAGUGAGUGGCACAAUGUGUUGCAACAAAAGUGGAUGGCUGUCGACAGUCACGUUGUGUCGUACCAUGUCCGUCUCUUGCAAUGUAGAUAUGGUGUAAUAACUACGGGAAUUGAGCUGUGCAAAUGUAAAUAAGGGCCGUGUUUGGGGAUGCAGUUUUUGACCGCUUUAUUGUACAUUGAAAAGGAUAGUGGUCCAGCACAGGCUAACGAAAAUGCUGUAACCAAGUGAGAUUCAAGCACAGAAGUGUGUUUUUCCUCUUCUGUUGCAUUUCCUCCUUGCAUUUUUUAUGAGGAUUUGUUCAACUGUGUAUUUAUAAUUCGACUGGGUUUGUCACCGAAUAUAACUGUGAUGUACAGAUGAUGUAUUAUUCAGAAAGUAACACAGUGUUACUGGAUUUGCACCUUGUAUAAUUUUAUUCUUAUAUAAGAUUAUUUGCUGGCAAUGGCGCAGCCUGUAGUACCUUGUAUUAUUUAAAUUCUAAUAUUCAGGGGCCAUGUGUUGUAAAUAUUGAAUAUUGCCUUUGAAUGUGAAUGAUUGCAGUAAUACUUUGCAAGAUUUUUAUGUGUCCUAAUCAGGUCACUUCAAUUAUAUAAGAUCCAAUGUUUAUGCCCUUUGGUUUCUGCGUACAUUUAUGGAAGCUUGAUUCCGCCAGGGAAUAAUAAAAUAAAAAAGGUAAUUGCAACUUUUUAUCUCACAAUUCUGACUUUUUUUCCUCACAAUUGUGAGAUAGAAACUCAUAAUUGUGAGUUCUGAAGUCUGAAUUGCAGGAUAUUAACUUGAGUUAUAUCUCGCAAUUCUGACAUAAACUCGUAAUUGCGAGUUAUAAAGUCCAAGUUGUAAGAUAUAAACUCGCAAUUCUGAAUUUAUAUCUGGCUAUUCUGACUUAACUCGUAAUUGUGAGGAAAAAUUACUUAAAUCGCAAUUGCAAGUUUAUAUCUCGCAAUUCUGACUUUAUAACUUACAAUUGAACGUUUAUAUCGCAAUUCUGACAUAAACUCAUAAUUGCUAGUUAUAAAGUCACAAUUCUGACUUUAUAACUCCCAGUUGAGAGUUUAUAAAUUGCUAUUCUGAUUUAACUCCUAAUUGUGAGAAAAAAUUACCUAAAUCGCAGUUGUACGUUUAUCUUGCAAUUCUGACUUUGUAACUUACAAUUUAACGUUUAUAGUGCAAUUCUGACUUAACUUGUAAUUGCGAGUUUAUAUCUUGCUAUUCUGAUUUAACUCAUAAUUGUGAGAAAAAAUGACUUAAAUCGCAAUUGCGAGUUUAUAUCUUUAAAUUCUGACUUGUAAUUGCGAGUUUAUAUCUCACAGUUGCGAGAAAAAAAUGACUUAACUCGCAAUUGCGAGUUUAUCUUGCAAUUCUGACUUUAUAACUUACAAUUGAACGUUUAUAGCGCAAUUCUGACUUGUAAUUGCGAAUUUAUGGUUUGCUAUUCUGACUUAACUCGUAAUUGUGAGGAAAAAUGACUUAAAUCACAAUUGCAAGUUUAUAUCUCGCAGUUCUGACUAUAAUUCGCAGUUGCGAGUUUAUAUCUUGCUAUUCUGACUUAACUCGUAAUUGUGAGGAAAAAUGACUGAAAUCACAUUUGCGAGUUCAUAGCUUGAAAUUCUGACUUAACUCGCAAUUGCAAGUUUAUCCCCCGGUUUCACAGACAAGGCUUAAGCUAGUCCUAGACUAAAAUGCAUGUUUGAGCUGUUUUAACUGAACGUAACUUGUACUGACAUAUCUUAAAAUAUGUCAGUGCCAUUGUUUUGUCUCAGGAUGCACACCAGUAAUGUUUUUUUCUAGUGAAAGUUUAUAAAAGGUACUUAAAUGCCCUAAUUGAACUAAGGCCUAAUCCUGGUUUAGGCUAAGCUCUGUCUGUGAAACCGGGCCUAUAUCUCUCAAUUCUGACUUAAUUUGUAAUUGCGAGGAAAAAUGACUUAAAUCACAAUUGCCAAGUUUAUAUCUCGCGAUUCUGACUUUAUAACUCGCAGUUGCGAGUUUAUAUCUUGCUAUUCUGAUUUAACUUGUAAUUGUGAGAAAAAUGACUGAAAUCACAUUUGGAGGUUAUAUCUUGCAAUUCUUACUUUAUAAUUCACAAUUGCAAGUUUUUAUCGCAAUUCUGACUUAACUUGCAAUUGUGAGGAAAAAUGACUUAAAUCGCAAUUGCAAGUUUAUAUCUCGCGAUUCUGACUUUAUAACUCGCAAUUGCAAGUUUGUAUCUCUCAAUUCUGACUUAACUUGUAAAUGCGAAUUUAUAUCUCACAGUUGCGAGAAAAAAAAAUUACUUAACUCACAAAUGCAAAUUUGUAUCUUGCAAUUCGGAGAAAAAAGUCAGAAAUGUGAAAUAAAAAGUCACAAUUUCCUCUUUUAUUUUUUUUAAUUCCGUGACGGAAACAAGCUUCCAUAAACCUUUAAUGAUACUGAAGAAUGUUGAGGAGAAAAUUGUUAAGUCUCAUAAUAAAAGUAUAUAUGAAGAGUAACAUCUAUCUGCUUCUGUUUCUGACAGACUGUUGGUAGCAUGUGCAAGACAGCAGUGCUAAGACAACAGCUCCCAGUAGACUUUCCCUGUCUUUUACAGUUGGGUCUCUCAUGCAUGCUGGCUGUUUACAUUUCUCAACAUCUUGCAGAGCUGAAAUGAGGUCACACUGAAUGAACUCGCUAUUCAGCUUUCCAGGUCUUAGGUAAACAUAUACAGUAAGAGAAUGCCCACAAGGCUUGAAAAACAUCAGCUAUGAGAAACACAUCUCACUUAGCAAUAGAAGGACCAUCAAGUGAUGAUAAAUGCCUGCUAUUUACUGUACUGUCUUUUGUAUGAUCAGUCUUCACAUGGCUCUCUCAAAUAAUCUUCAUUCUAUACUCGUUGCACAUGAGAACACAAUCGCGCACCACUGAAGUAGAUAAAUGAUAAUCUGAUUAAACCAUAGAAAUAUGAACUGAAUCACUACUUAACUAAGCCAUUGAAAUAUGAACUUUAUUUGUGUUUGUCUGACUGAACCAUUCAAAUAUGAACUGUUUUACUUGUUUAUCUGAUUAAACUAUGGAAAUAUUA